GGCGGGGGGCGCCCCCGGCCAGGGCGCGGCGGGCGGCCCCGUGUCCAGCCGGCCCCGCCAACUUGGGCUGCGGCUGGGGCCCGCGCCCUAAGGGGUUAAACCUUUCUCACGUUCCCGAGCGGCUUAUAAGGAGGGGGAGGCCGAGCCUCCGCCUUAUUGGGAGCCUUUUGGGGUUUAUUCUCCUCCCUUCUAACUUGAUUAAGAAUGGUCCAAACGAAAUCCUCGUCUUGCUGCAGAGCCAAUGUCUACACCCAAGUGCCUGACGGAGGAUGGGGCUGGGUCGUCGCGGUUUCUUUUUUCUUCAUUGAAAUCUUUACCUACGGCAUCAUCAAGUCCUUCGGCAUCUUCUUUAAUGACUUGAUGACCAGUUUCAGUGAAUCCAACAGCAGGGUCUCAUGGAUAGUGUCAAUUUGUGUGUUUGUCAUGACAUUCACAGCGCCCCUCUCCACGGUCCUGAGCGCGCGGUUCGGCCACCGGCUGGUGGUGAUGGUCGGAGGGCUGCUGGUCAGUGCGGGGAUGGUGGCCGCGUCCUUCUCGACCCAGGUCUACCACAUGUACCUCGCCAUCGGUCUCCUCUCUGGCCUGGGGUACUGCUUGGCCUUCCUCCCCACGGUCACCAUCCUGUCCCUCUACUUUGACAAGAAUCGGUCCAUGGUCACGGCGGUCGCCUCCACGGGAGAGUGCUUUGCCAUGUUCGCCUUCGCACCAGCCCUGACGGCGCUGAAGGAGCGCAUCGGCUGGCGGUACAGCCUCCUCCUGGUGGGCCUCCUGCAGCUCAACAUCGCCGUGUGCGGGGCCCUGUUGAGACCCAUCAUCGUCCGCGCGUCCCCCGCUGCCCCCGCCGCCGCCGCCUCCACCGCCGCCCCCGGCGCCCCGGAGCCGCGCCAGGAGGCGCAGUUCAUGAUGGACAACGAGAAGACGCGCACGUCCAUCGACUCCAUCGACUCGGGCGUGGAGCUGCCCACCUCCCCGCGGCACCUGCCCCCCGGCGCGCAGUCGGAGCUGGAGGCGCGGGGCGAGCUGCCCCCGGGGGGGCGGGGGGCCACCUCCGCCGCCUCCUCCUCCAGCGCCAGGGCCCCCCUCCUGGACUUCUCCAUCCUGCGCGAGAAGAGCUUCAUCUGCUACGCGCUGUUCGGCCUCUUCGCCACCCUGGGCUUCUUCGCGCCCUCCCUGUACAUCAUCCCCCUGGGCAUCAGCCUGGGCAUCCAGCCCGAGCGUGCCGCCUUCCUGCUCUCGGCCAUGGCCAUCGCCGAGGUCUUCGGGCGCAUCGGGAUGGGGCUGGUGCUGAACCGCGAGCCCAUGCGCAAGAUCUACAUCGAGCUGGUGUGCGUGGUCCUGGUCACCGUCUCGCUCUUCGCCUUCACCUUCGCCUCCGACUUCCCGGGCCUCAUGUGCUGCAGCGUCUUCUUCGGCUGCAUGGUGGGCACCGUGGCCGGCACCCACAUCCCGCUGCUGGCCGAGGACGACGUGGUGGGCAUCCAGAAGAUGUCUUCGGCCGCGGGGGUCUAUGUCUUCAUCCAGAGCAUCUCAGGGCUGGCCGGGCCGCCCCUGGCAGGGCUGCUGGUGGACCAGAGCAAGAUCUACAGCCGGGCCUUCUACUCCUGCGCGGGGGGCAUGGCCCUGGCGGCGCUGUGCCUGGCGCUGGUGAGACCCUGUAAGACGGGGCUGUGCCAGCGCCCCCACACUCAGGAGCCCAAGGCGGAGGGGCUGCACGGGAAGGACGUGCCCGAAGACUUUCUUGAAAUGGACCUUGGGAAAAAUGAGCCGAAAGUCCAGAAGAAAAGGGAGCACGUAUGACGCGCGCAGCGAUGGGCCUUAGGACAUCCGCCGCCCCCACGGGGAAGGCCAGGGAGGGGGGCCCCGGGGAACGGGGCGGGGGAGCCUCUGCUCCCCCCAGAAGCGACAGUUGAAAGGGAAUGUAUACGUGAUUGCCACUACCGCCGCCCUUCUACUUUGCUUUCUCCUAAGUUUGCUGUUUUUAUUUAUUUAUUUUUUUUUUGCCAAAACAAAACCCACCCCAAACGCUCCCAUCCUCCGUGCCCCUGGCCGCCAGCGGUAGCCACAGACGCGUGGAGAGGGGCUCAGGUGCACAGUUUUCAGAGUGACGUGGACGGGCAGAGCGGUUUUGAGAACCUUCACAUGUGAUAAACUCCUCUCGGCCCAAAUACCGUCGCGCCCAGUCACUGAUGUGAAAUUGAGGGGCGGGAGUGACGGUUUGGCUGGAAGCUGAAGGCGUUUGCCUUGCAGGAGGCCUCCCGGGUACCACAUGUGUGGCCUCCACGCCAGCAUCACCAGGGCUCACACCUCAGGAGCCGCUGAGCACCACUGGGUGUGUUCGAAAAACCAAAAAAAAGAAAGAAAGAAAGAAAUUGAUCGUCCCCAAAAAUAUUAAGUCAUCUUGAAAUGACUCAUAUUUAGAAAUAGGCAUACAUUGUUUAAAUGUCAUUGAAAAAUACAGAGAAGUUUCAACACACCCACCAGGACCUCAUAAAUUUCCCAAAGACCCCCGUGGAAUUGAAGUUCAGCUGAAGACAAAAACCUUUGGCUGAUGAUGACACAGCAACGGUCAAGUAUAUCCACAACUUGAAUUUCAUAAAUGUGAAGAUGACCACUCACUUUUCCCUUUCCUGUGGCCAGUCAUUUCCGGAAGUGUUUCCCAGUCAGACUCGCUAGAACGGCAUUCGAAACGAUCGUUCCUUUUGCUUUUAAUUAUUCAGAAGUCUGUGAUCGUAGUGUCUCUAAUUUAAAUGACUAUUUAUUAUUAAGUUAUUCUAAGAUGAUUAAAGCGAUCAAACGAAAAAUCGGAGGUUUCUGAGCAGCACCGGGACCUCUCUGUGCUCCCACAGCUGCCUGGAAGGAUCUUUUUUAACCUUGUUUAACUUCGCUGUUCUCCCAGAAGAAGAUCCCGUCCGAAAGGUCCCUCGGUGUGAUAAGACACGGACGGUCCCCUGAGCACUGCCAGGAGUGAUCCCUGAGCACCCAGCCAGGAGUAAGCCCUGAGCACCGCCAGGGGGAGGCCCAAAAAUGAGAGAAGGAGGGAGACCACUUAAUGCUUUUUUUUUUUGGAGAGGGAAGAAUAAGGAAUAGCAAACUGCCUUAGCUUUUCAGCAUCAUCCAUUUCUUCACCGGUCUCGGAGCCCUGUUUGAUUUCACCGACUUUGUUCAGUCUCUCGUAUUCGUUUCGACCUGGGGUAGAACAGCCUCACCCCCCACGAGCCACCCUUGCCACCGUCCGGCUUCUCCCGGAAGCCUGGAUUUCACCGAGUUGCCGGCUGUGUGUUCCCAGGUCAACCUUUUGUUGUCGGGGUGACAGGCCCCGAGCGUGUCUCCACCUGACCCCGGCCCGGAGGGGAGGCGGGUACAGCAUCACUCUCGCCGGGGCUGUUCCACCCAUCCUCAGCUCAUCUUUCCUCAUCCUUUAGGACAACUCAGGGGACAAUUCUUCACAAGCCUCGUUUGGUUCCAGGCGCAUCCAAGCUUGAACACUUCUCCGUGCUGAAACAAAAGGAGUUUCCUUCCUCACCGCCUGGAGAGUGUUUUCUCAGCCAUAGAAAUAGGACAAUCGGAAAAAAAAAAUUAAAAAAACAAAAAAGACUCGGGGGAGCGGGGAGGAAGUGACCAAGUGUCCGGCCAAAGCGCACCUCCCCUCCCCUGGGGAUGGAAGUGGCGGUCAGCAAGCCCUGUCACGGCUGGAGAAGGACUUGGGGCGGGUGGGGGGAGGCGGGGGACCACUUUGCAGACGUGACUUCAGCACUUUACAACUUUUUUUACUAUGAAUGUUCGAUACAAUUUAAUAUUUAUAACUGAUUUCUGAGAGAUCUGCUCUAAGUGCAUUCUGCUAACUGCAUGGGGGAGAACACGGGUGCUGACCCACCAAUCGAGUUUUUAGGUGUUUGGAGAAAAAUGAAAAUGGGAUUAUUGCUGAUUUCUUUCCGUAUUAGUGAUAUUCUGGUACUUCUUCUAGAUUUGCAAUAAAUGUAUGCCUUUCUUAUUUAAAAGAGA